AAUCCUCGCAAUAUCGGCAGCUAUUCAUACAGAUUUCGACAAAAGCCACAAGCCGCGAUUCCGACAUCUGGCGGUGUCAUGCUAUGCAACUCUCGAAAAUAUGGCUUAUCCUGAGGGAGAAAGAGAUCUAAAAGAUAUCACCGAUGACAAGUUGAUAGGAGCUUGGAAACUUGAAGCUUUGGGUCGAGGCAUCUGCACCAACGAUCGCCCUCAUGUAGUGAAGGUCACGUCUACAGCAAUUAUGAAAAUGGAUAUCUCUGUAGAGGCGGAGGUCGCAAACAUGGAAGAGGUUCUCAAGAAAAGUUAUGUGCGACUGCCACGUGUCUACAGAACCCUAUCCGAUGGACAGUCUGAGUACAUUGUUAUGGAGUACAUUGAUGGAGAGCGUCUCGACCAUAUCAAAUGGGAGACUCGCACAGAGCGGGAGCGGCAGCAUAUCAAGAAUGAGAUCAAGCAAGCUCUCAUUUCCUUGGCUCGUCUUUGCAGCACAGUCCCAGGUCCAGUAAAGAACACUGCACGGGGACGACUCUUCAAGUGGCUAGAGGGAAGUCUUAUUGGGGCAUUUGAUCAACUGGUCAUGUGUCACAUGGACCUGAAUCCGAGGAAUCUGAUACUUGACAAGGCCGGUCAUCUUUUCUUUCUAGAUUGGGCACACGCGGGCUACUACCCACCAGAAUUCCAAGAAGCUCUUCUUCUCUAUGACAUCCGACUCCCUCACUCAAAGUGCGCAUGGACGCAGGACUUACUUGCCGUGCACAGAGAAGUGCACGGGGUUGGAAAUUCCGACGUGGUGGCAAAGCUUUUGCGUAUCUUAGAGAACAACAACGGCCCGAGAGGGGGAUCGCAUCUUCUAAACGGCGAGCAGGGCAUUGGCCCGCCUCCACUCAUUCCUAGAAAGUUAGAGGGACACGCGAAGGAAACUGCCUAGAAGUCUUAGAAGAUGUCAUUACAAGAGAACAGGGUCAUACGUGGAUUACUUAGAUUGUCGACUUAGUAACCUGCCUAGCAUGUAGGUACAAUAACACAACAGGCAAGACAACAUACGAAGG